AUGCUCGCAGACAAGGAAGUGAACAUUGCUACCUUCGGGGGCGUCGCUCCCCUCGACUCGUUCAACGUCGAGAUCGACUGGGACGCGUACGCCAGCGCCGCCAGCUUCACUUCGAUGAACGACCACAUGGCCGGCUCCGUUGGCACCGCGGCCACCGUGUCGCCCAAGGACAUCUUCCAGGACCCGCUCGCCUCGGCGCCUCCCUCGACUGCUUUCACCAACUUGACGUCGCCGUCCAUCAACGAGUCUCCCUACAUCGGCGACAGCUACGACACUUCGCCCAUCUUCCAGGAUGGCGACAUGUCCUCUCAGAACUGGUUCUCGCUUUUCCCGGAAGACGAGAAGUCUACUGCUACUGCAAACCCGCUCCAGCGCACCGUCAGCAACCAGUCCUUCACCCAGUCCAGCUCGAACAACAGCUCGCCCAAGCCUGUGGUGGUUGACGCGUCCAGCCGGCGCAAGUCAAGCACCAACUCCCCCGCCGUUCUCACUCAGAACGCUGGCGUCAGCAAGCCUCGCCGUCGCAAGGGCCCUCUGCCUCCCAUCACGGUGACAGACCCGAGCGACAAGGUCGCGCUGAAGCGUGCUCGCAACACCCUUGCUGCACGUGAGUCCAGGCAGCGCAAGUACGAGCACGUGCAGGAGCUGGAGAAGCGCAUUGCUGAGUUGGAAGAGGAGCAAAAGAAGGCCUCGGAUGAGGCCGAGAAGUGGAAGAACAUCGCGCUCAGCCUCGGUUAUCUCCAGUCGUGA